GGGCAACGGAGAUGGAUGUCACCAUGAUCGGUCUUCAAAAUGCAGGCAAGUCCUCGCUGCUCCGUGUUCUUGCGGGGGGUGAGUUCACAGUAGAUUCCAUCCCCACCAUCGGGUUCAAUACCAAGCGAGUGCAGAAAGGCCAUGUAACCCUGAAGUGCUGGGAUCUAGGAGGCCAGCCACGAUUUCGACCGAUGUGGGAGCGAUAUUGCCGGGGGGUCAACGCGAUCGUUUAUAUAGUAGAUGCGGCCGAUAAGGGCGCUCUGCCCGUUGCAACGGAGGAGUUGCACGAAUUGGUAACCAAACCCAGCCUGGACGGGAUCCCACUCCUGGUGCUUGGGAAUAAAUCCGAUCUUCCGAAUAAGCUGUCAGUGGACGAACUGAUUGAUGCGAUGGAUCUCAAGUCAAUCACCCGCCGGGAGGUGAGCUGCUAUGGAAUCAGCGCCAAAGAGGAGACCAACUUGGAUGCGGUUCUGCACUGGUUAAUUGCGCGGGCCAGCCGAUGAGGGAUGAACGACAAGCGAAGAGGAAACCGACUGGAAACCUGCCCACGCGACAUGUUCUGAUGCAGCAUUUCAUUUUCAACGAUCGAGAUUAUAUUUUGUAGAUGACCAACAUUUCGGCUCGGGCUCAGACUUAAUGAUGUUGACGA